GUAAGCGAAAACGCGCACGUACGCUUGCUUACGUAGUCAAAGAAGUUCAAUUUUGCGCGGGGUAUCUAACGUUAGCUAACCUAAAGUAGUGUUAGCUUACAGCCAAUGCGAGUAUUAAACCAGAACCGUAUUUAGGUGUUUAAGACGAAGCGAAGUGAACAUGCCUAAACGAGAGGCGUUUCUACAUUCUGCCUGUAAAGAAAAUGUGCAGGAGUUCCUGAACUUCAUCCAGCUUCAUAAGGACAAUGCAGACCCUUUUGACCUGGAGGAGGUGCUGCAGGAGCUGCCGAAGACCCAGAGAGAGGUGCUUUGGGAGCGACUGACCAGGCUCCUGCUGGACACACUCGCGGCGUUCCCCAUGGAGCGCUGGAACAACGGCAUGGAGGACGACAGUGAGGACGAAAUGGAGGUGGAGGUGUCUGCUGACCUGAAACAAACUAUGGCGGUAAUUGAGGGAGUGACUGUGGUGGCUGUUGCCUCGGUAGACGUGAUCCUGGAGGACGACUCUUACGCCGUACUGCUGGAAUGCGCCAACAUAUUAAACGGGAUGCUGAGUGCUCUGCCUGCCUCGGAGGUGCCCGUGCGGCUGGCCAUCCACAGGCUGUGUGAGGCCUGGUGGCAGAAGGGGCUGGAGGGCCGGGAGGAUCUGGGCAGGACGGCCUUCGUCCUCUGCCUGGAGAGGAGCCUCAUGCUGACCAACCCGGGGGCGGAGAUACAGCGGCUGUGGAACCUUCAUGAGGUGCUGCAGACGCUGGACUUCGAGGCGGAGGAGAGCAGAGAGGUGGCGGACCUGCUGCUGCAGUGCUUCCUCAGCGCAGCGCACAUCCGGCGGGAGGAGGGAAGGCGUCUCCUGACCUUUCUGUUCAGCUGGAAUGUGAAAUUCAUCGGCAUGAUUCACGGGACGAUUAAAAACCAGCUGCAGUUCUUUCCCAAGUUCAUCAUCGAGCAUGUGGCUGAGAUAUACUUCAGAGCCUGGAAGAAGGCCUCCGACCUGUUCCUUCAGGAGAUUGAGACCACCUGUAUCCAGGACUUCAUGCAGUUCGCAGUGCUCUUGCACAGGAAUUCCCCCGUUCAUGGCAAAGUGAGACAGAUUCUCAGCUACGUUCACAAGCAGAAGCUGCGGCAGGGCGUGGAUGAGAUGCUCUACAGGCUGUACAAGCCCAUUCUGUGGAGAGGCCUGAAGGCGACUAACUCUGAGGUGCGUGCUAACGCGGCCCUGCUCUUCACCGAAGCCUUUCCUCUGCAGGACCCCAGCCUCAGCAGCGAGAAUAUGGACCGCGCCAUCCAGAGGCAGCUGGACACACUGUUUUCUCUCCUGGAAGACCCCCAGCCUUUGGUGCGCUCCACGGCGGUCCUGGGGGUCUGCAAAAUCCUGGCGAAUUACUGGGACGUGAUCCCCCCCACCAUCCUGACGGACUUCCUGAAGAAGCUGGUGACGGAGCUGGCCGCGGACGUGAACUCGGCCGACGUGCGCUGCUCCGUGUUUAAGUGCAUGACCGUUAUCCUGGACAACAACAUGAGCCACCCCUUACUGGAGCAGCUGCUCCCGGCCCUGAAGAACAGCCUGCACGACCAGUCGGAGAAGGUGCGCGUGGCCUUCGUCGACCUGCUGCUCAAGAUGAAGGCCGUCCGGGCAGCCAAGUUUUGGAAAGUCUGCUCCAUGGAGCACCUCCUGGCCCGGCUGGCCAUCGACUCCGCUCCCGUCUCCAAGCGCAUGGUCAACCUCCUGUUCAACUCCUUCUUCCCCGUCAACCAAUCGGAAGAGGUGUGGUGCGAGCGGUGCGUGACGCUCAUUCAGAUGAACCCGGCGGCCGCCAGGAAGUUUUACCAGCACGCACACGCCUACACGGCCCCUACCAACAUCGCCAAGCUGAUGCUGACCAUCCGACGCUGCCUGAACGCCUGCAUUCAGAAGAACACACAGGAUGAAACCAGCGGCAUGGACAGCAGCAACAAGGAGAACACCAGCGUGCUGGAGGACAUCCUCACCCUGGAGGACACGGCCACCAUGGCCAGCCUGCUGGAGGUGCUGGUCAUACUGUGGGGCAGCAUCCGUCGCUCCCUGGAGCUCAACCAGGAGGCCCUGCAAUACACCACCGCCAAGUUCGCCUCCGUGCUGCCCGAGUACUUCCGCGUCUUUCAGGACGAGCGAUGCACCCUGCCCCUGAUCCUCAUCGCCUCCUUCAUCCCGGCCGCGGCCGUGCCCACGUUCAGCUGCGGGGUCCUGUCUAAGCUGCGCAGGCUGGAGCCCGGGGCGGACGCCUCCCGGUACGGCACGCUCAUCGACUGCCUGUGCAGCUGGGGGCAGGCGGCGCACAUCACCGAGGUCAUCGGCGAGUGGCUGAGCGAGGGCCUGCCGCAGAAACCGGGGAGGAGGGACUCUGACCGCAGGGUCCGCAUCCAGGAGACGGCCGAGGCGAAGCCAGAGCUGGGCCUGGACUACCUGGAGCACCUGCUGACCGGCACGUCCGAGCGGGACCGCUUACUGGGCCUGAAACAGAGCCAGCUCAACCAGCUGCUCAAGUCCCUCGCCUCCUGGAAGUCUGUGCUCUACACCUGUCUGAGCUCCUCAGAGGGCGCCAGCGGUCAGUCCCACGCAGAGACCGCGCUGAGAGCGUUCAACCUACACGGUCGACUGAGUGCCCAUCUGCAGCACAAAUUCCCCGAGGGCAGGGACUACUUCCUGGGCCUGGAGAACUCCGCAGCCUGGGUGGCGGAGAGAGCCCUCCCCUUCAUGGUUGCCCCCGACGACGGCGGUGUGUCCCCGCAGCAGCUGGCCCUGGCCAAGCGGGCCGUGGAGAGCUUCCUGACUGUGUGCAGAGACGUGGUGAUGGUGGGCCUUGCGGAUGAGGAGUUCAAAGGGCAGGUUCUUCACCUGUGUUCGGUGGUGCUGCUGUCAGAGAAGGGCUACCAGUGCAUGCCCCUGCUGCUGUCCGUGCUGAAGGAGGUGGCUGAAGUGUGCCUGGCCCAGUUCGCCCAGGCCCAGUCCGACCAGCUCACCGUCCUCCUCAACGUCGUGGCUAACGUCUUCCAGAAGGUUCUGGAGACGGUCGCGCGGAAACUGCGCACGCAGCCAGACGAGGGCCUGCUGCUUUGCCAUUCAACUAUGGCAGUUUUGGGAGACUUCCUCAACGUCCUUCAGGACUGGAAGGUGGCAAAUUCAGAGGCCAUAAACGGGGUGUUUUCGACACUCUUCGCCGCCGUCAUUGUGGAAAUACGCCAUUCUCUUCGCAAGAUCUCAUGUGCGGAGGAGGUGACGACACCGGAAACCAUCCAGGACCUUCCCCCGCUGUCGAGCAGCUUACUGGCAGUUAUUUUCAAAUCCCCCCGGGUUACCAGGUCCUUUCUGGCUGAGACAAAUUCAUCUGUGGAAUCGGAAGCAAUAGAUGGAAUAUCUGGAUUGGCUGCAAUCGUGCACGUCUUGGCAGUGGUCCGACAGUCAGGCAAAUUGAGAUCGGAUGUGAAGAGCAUAGCGGUGUCCGUGCAGAGGCAGCUCCAGAAGCACUACUCCAUCACAGCCGAGGAAAUCGGGAACGUAGAGCGAGUCAUCUACGAGUCCGCUGUCAGGACCGUGAACGAGAUUCUGAUGCCCUGAUGGGGGCGCCCCACACCCCCUCACACCUGCUGCCAGAGGAAUGGAGAAGAGACUGCACCUGGGAUCAACACCUUAUUUUGUGUACUUUCUGCUAAUGUAUUCUGCCCCGACUGUCCAUUAAUUGUGAAUAAAGCCUGCAUACGCUUUUCUAUC